ACCCUUUCUCGCAAUAUUUACUCUCGUUUCUCUUCCGGUGCAUGGUCUAUAGUCUGAUUCUCUUCCAGAGUAUAUUUGCGUCUGAGAGUGCGGAUUCGGAAUCUCAAUCAAACUAUUCGGCUUGUAAACUACUUAAAAAACAUACACAUGAACUUGGUCUCGACGAACAUCUCGACAGGGGGACUCGUUUGGCACAGGUGAAGACAUGCUCCGAUUACAGCUAGCUUCGGGGCCUAUCGAUUGCCUAUCGAUAUUUACAGUCUGGCUGUAAUGUUGCCGCACCUUCUAGGCGCAACUCUUGAGUGCAGCCAUUGAUAAGAACGACGAACUUCGACCUCGCCUACUACUGGCUACGACUCGGACGCAACUAUGCGGUCUUCAGUUAACAUUGAAGCAAGCAUGGUUCAGAUAUACCCAGAGGUCUCACUUUUCAAUAGCUCUCCCCCUCUUAGAGGACUUUCGCCGACGCGGUUGUCCAUCGAAUCUCCCCAGGCUGAACUCAUAGCUGCGGCCUUCUCCCAAUUCGCUCUCACAUCUGUGAACCCAUUCUAUUGGUUCUAUGGCCCCAAUCCGCUUAUACUCAGCUCCAGUGUUGAGGACAUCCCUAUGCCUAUCACCGAGUCUCACGUCGUCUCGCGUCUCCCUCAGAUCAUGCCAGGAUCGGAAAUCAACUUCAAGGCAGUCCUUGACGAUACUCAUUCCCUCGUUGACUAUCAGAAUGGCCUCUGCAUCAUCCAAUGGUUUAUCUCUCGGAACGUUGAGGCAUUCGAACGUGAAAAGGAAGUAUAUGCCAUCUUGUCACAACUUGAAUCAUCUAAGAAUAGUAUUCUUCGGUGCUACGACUGGCUGCACAUGGAUCACACUGAUGCUCUGAACUUACACCCAAAUCUUUCGCUCGUCGAUGCAACGACUAUCCAAGCUCUUCUGUUUGAACAUAUCGAUGGUCUUGUUCCCCUUUCUGUUAAGGACGUGACCACCGACAUAGCUGAGGCGGCGUUGAAGGCGCUUUGUGGUGUGCAUGCGGCGCAUGUCCUACACGGAGACAUACGACGUCAAAACAUGCAUCUUCUCCCUGAUGGACGUGUGGUCUGGACAGGAUUCGGUGCCGCAAAGUCUGCGUCGCAUCACCCACUGAGACGUCAAGAUUUUUGGAAUGAGGCAGCCUCUGCUUGGACGCUGCUGUACAGUAAGAUGGUGAGUCGCUUUCUGCAAGAAUGUCCAGGUGGCGUCCUGCUAAUAAUUUCGUAGCUCCCUGACAAGCUUAUUGGAAACUUGAAUCCCGACUACUGAGAAGUUAUUGGUUAUGGGAACGAAGAAUCGUCGAAUGGCGGAGGUUUGAAUAACCCAAGGCCUUCAUUGUUGGAGGGAAUAACGCCGCCGGCCGGGGCGAUCUCGACACCAGGUUGGGUAAGAUACGUCAAGAGCCUUUUUUCUCUCCGUUCAAUGCACGAAACCAAGGCGGUCCCCUAUCCUCAUAUAUGUCCUCUUCACCUUCAUCAUUGAACACAUCUCAGGCUGAUCAUUCUCGAACCUUGACGUGAUACCUCCAACGAUAUUCUGUUCCUUCCUCCCCUUCUCGUUGUGCUCAAAAAGAUUGCACUCAGUUCAUGUGAUCGUUGUCUACAUACACCGCCUCCGCAGGGGACCGAUUGUGUAGAUGUGCUGGAUACGGGUAUUCGGGAGGCGUUAAAUGCAACUGGAAGUGGAUUGGUUAGGACUCUCGGAAGUGGGUGGAAUAGGAGUAGUGUUGACGAGAUAAUGACUGCUUGGAGGUAGUGAGAUGAGUCUGUAUCAUACAUGCAUAUUUUUGGUCGGAUCCCUGCUGCAAUAAUAUUACAGUGUAUGACAUUAAUGUAUAUGGUUGAAUGUACAGCGGUCUUACCAGAUCUGUUGAGUCGGAGGCGCAAAGCCGUAUUAUAUUUGGAACGACGUUUAUUGGACGGUAUGUGUUCGCAACGCAGAGCCACAACAUUAAAAGCCUGGCCUCUUG